AUGGCACUAUCGAAUGACUCCAAUGCAUCUACUGAGGAAGAGGAGACCCUGCCAUCGAAAUUGGCUGCCUUGAAACGGGCUGUGAACCCCAUCCUCGGAAAGAUGGCCGAUCUCGCGCUCGAAGCUCUUGACAUACGAGAGGAGCUGACAGAAAACCAAGCUGGUCUGGACGCUCUCGCUCUGCGCGUAGCUGAAGUGACGGAAGAUAUCCUUGUCAAGGCGUCCGCCAUGCAAGAAGGCCAACUAAUGCAAUCUCAAAAGUUCAAACGCUUGCAAUUAUGCGUUGACGAGAUCUCCUCGUUUCUUCGGGAACAAGCCAUACCGGAUAUAGGUCGCAGGAUGGCCCGAAUCGGAGAGCUGGAGCGAAUUAAAGCUGAGGUCGACACCAAGAAUCAUCGCUUGACCGAAACACUGACCGCUUUCAUCGCUGAUAUAAGCAUGGAUGUUCUCCGUGCCGUGACCGUGACCGCUGCUGUUGGGAACCCUACUAUCCCCCAGGUCGCCCGCAGCACCUCCCUCCCCAUUACACGGCUGCCUCCCAAACUACGGAUAUUUCGCGGAAGAGAGGACGUCGUCAAGCAGAUCGUCUCAUGCCUCUUGCGACCUGAUCCGGGUCAUAUCGCCAUCCUGGGUAUGGGCGGAAUGGGGAAGACAGAUACGGCUGCGACUGUUUUGCACCAUGAAGACAUCAAGAGGAAGUACGGCUCCAACCGAGUGUUCGUCAGCUGCGACGGCAUCACCACCGCUGACGGUAUCAUCUCAACGCUGGCGACUGCGUUGAAAUCUCCCAGCACACAGGAAAGCGACCCAACAGCGUUGUUAACACAUCAUCUCGAGUCUGUUGAAGGGUUCGUGCUCCUCGUGCUGGACAAUCUCGAAUCGGCAUGGGAUACGCCCGAUCGCACUGCCGUCGAAGAGCUUCUCACUCAUCUUUCCAACGUCCUAAAUCUCUCGUUAGUGAUCACCAUGCGCGGUACCCAGGGACCUAUGGGAGUCGAUUGGUCUCAGCCGCUGUUGCCACCUCUGGAUGCUCUGGACUCUUCGACCGCCAGACAGAUAUAUCUCGCCAAUGGAGGGAGGUCAGAUGAUCAUUUAGAUGAACUUCUCCAGGAGUUGGACGGAUGGCCCUUAGCAGUCGUCUUGAUGGCAUAUCAAGGCCAAACCCAGUGGCCUUCGCAGCUUCUGUCGGCAUACAGGAGAGAGCAAACAGCAUUGAUGUCGAUAAGACCAGGCGAUCGUCGCACCAGCGUGGAAGUCUCUAUCAGUCUAUCACUCCAAUGUCAGGCUGUCAGUGAUGCGUUCGAAGCGCUGGAGUUGCUGGGCUUGCUCUGCCUGUUACCGGAUGGAAUGGAGGAAGACAUUUUGCAAACCGCCCUCCCGGAUAUGCACAACAUUCCCCAGUCAAUCCGCGUACUACAACACGUAUCAUUGGUAACGCGACUGGAAGGCGGGGAAUUGAAAGUGCUAUCUCCCAUCCGGACGUACGUGCUUCGGGUCUGCGCUCCUAGCAUGCGCCAUCGUCUCACACUAGAAGACUUCUUCAUCCAACAUAUGCAACACAUUCUAGUACUGUGCGGAGUCGAAGAAUCCUCCCCCGACCAAAGUGAAGACUUGGUCAAGGUCAUCACCAAGAAUUUUGGAAACAUGCUCUCGGUGUUCUCGCGCGCGAUUGACGAUCCCCAUAUUCGCCAGGAGAUCUUAGAUGCUGUCCACGCUUUGUGUUCCGCGGCGAUUAUGAUAGGCUACGGCGACUGCCCCGUCCUCGUCAAGAAAGCUGCUGGAGCGAGCUCCCCUUUUCCGGAAUUCAAGCACACCACGGGCCAAUUGUAUUUGGUGCUGGCCCUCUACUAUUCGACUUCAAGUCGCUUUGAUGACGCGUUCAAGACGAUAGAGCAAGCAAGAAAUGUAGACGAGGCAGUCCACCAUAUACAGCAGCUGCUUAAUGGUCGAUUACAGGAAGAAGAGGCCGAAGAGAAUAUCAUCAACGCUCUUACAGAAGCGAGAGAUCUCUUCGUGGCUCGAAACCUUCAGUACGAAGCUGUUUUUCCACCAUUAUGCACCCAACAACUAUGCUUACUUGCACUGGAUGCUGGAAGAUUUGAAGAAGCCAUCGAACUCGGCAUGGCUUCCAAGGAGGCAUUCGAAGCGCUCAGUUUUCCCCAGGGGAUAUACAUGUUCAUGCAGCUAUUGGGCUGGACGCUUGCAGCCUUUGCGGGGUUCAUGAAAAUCGAAAACCGGGAGGUGGCUGCAACCUGCCAACGUAUCCUGAGCGAAAUACACUGUCGAACUGGCAGGUUUUUGGAGGCUUUAGAUGACUGCAGCUUGGCAGAAGAGGCCGCUCGCAUUAUGGAUAAUGAAGAUUCCCUGUGGGCAACACGCCGUGAGCAAGCCCGGCUGAAUGCGUUGUUGGGCAACCUUGUCGAAGCAGAAGAGCAGUUGAGCGGUGCAAUUAGAUUCUUCCUACAGCUGGGUGAUAAGCUCAAGGGUGCUGGAUGUCGGCUCAAUCUGUCGUUCGUACUCGAGGCUCGGGGCAUGCAUGACAAAGCGGUGGAUGAGAUCCGUUCUGCACUCCGUCUCUGCGAGGAUCUCAAGGUGGACCAAGCGAUCGCAUUGUGCAAAGGCUUCCUCGGCAAAGCGAUAGCAAAACCUCGACCUCUGACGGCCGCAAGUGUGGCAGAAGCCGAACAGCUGUUCCGGGAAGCAUUGCAAGUUUUCGACGCGAAUGACAACCUGCACCAUGCGACGAGCAACCUUCUGAACCGAACCUUGGACGUCAAUAACACCCUCGGACCCCAAGCAUUCCUCCGAAAGGACCUCGUUUACUUAUGGCGCGAACAAGAUCGCCAUGAUGGAGAGACUUUGCAGAGGAUACAAGAAGCCCUAGAGCUCUUCAAAAAGAAGGACAAUCGCUCGGAAAUGGCGGCAUGUUACGGCAUUAUAGCCAGCAUCCUAGCUGACCAGGGCUUGCGGGAUGAGGCGACCAGCAACGUUGAGCGGGCACAGUGCAUCUAUGAAGAACUGCGUUUCCCACCCGGUCAAGCGAGAUGUAGAAUGCUGCUCAAGCAACUUGCUGAUUGGGGUGAGCCCGAGUCAGUGCCGGAGCGACCAGAGAAGCGGCAUUCUUUUAUACGAAAGUGGCUCGCACCUAGGUAA